UGCGGGGGAAUCCUAUGAAAUCCAAAUUCGUAUAAAAAUAUACAGCCAUUUUCCUCUUUGAGUAAUUCAGUUUAGUAACCUAAUCAGUUGUGUGCAGAAGCAAGAAAAGUAAUGUCCUAAAAUAUAAACGUUUUCUCACAUACAUCGGACUUGUAACAAGGGAGGUACUAAGAAUGUUGUCUACGUUGAGUGCUAGCGGCGUGUUCAGCAGCAGCGUGGACUACUUCUGUCUGGUGUGCGAGUCUCGGCUUAGGGACGGGGCUGACGCCACCGCACACAUCGCCAAGCCUGUGCACACUAAGAACUUUCUCACUACUGAAUACUUUGGAAAUCAACAAGAAUGUGUGAGAAAGAUAAAAAAAUGGUAUUUGUGCGAGUUGUGCAACGUGCUGUUGCCGACUGCGGCUAGGGUGCGCCUGCACGUGGCAGAGGCGCGGCACGCGGAGCAUAGAGUUGCGCGGGCAGUGCAGCGGAACGCGGACAGAGUCCUCGCUUUCGCCAGCUUGCAGCUUGAAGACAGCGCGUGGAAUGGAAUCUUAGAUGACACAUGCGCUAUCUGCAAUACGGAGUUCGACGACGAAAACAUUCACAGGAACGAGACGAGCCACAUAUUGAAGCUGAUUCAAAGCAAAAUCGAAUAUGAUGAAAAUCAAAACCUUUAUCGUCUGGUUGAUGAGUCUUCUUUUCAAUGCCUAACCUGUAAUAUGGUCUUGGCUUUGAACUCGAUUGAUGAACAUUUCAAUGAAAUCGAACAUAAAGAACGCUAUCAACGUUGUUGCGAUAAUUUUAAAAUUGCUGAAAAUACUGCAACAAGCCAUACAAUUGAUAGUUCUAAAAACACGAAAAACGAUAACAAUUGCAACGAAAAAGUUGCAAUUAAAAUUACAGAUAGAACAGAAACUUUAGAUGUCUUAAAUUCAAUAGAUAAAAAUAAAACUAUCAUUCCAUGCGAUGAAAAAUCUGAAAUUAAAACAUCAACUAUAAACUCAGAUGUUACUAAAACCGAACAAAAUACUACGAAAGAAAAUUCUAAACAGUCGGAUCCUGUGAAAUCAGUCCCUGUGGAUGACUCAGAAAUAUGUAAAAUUUUAAAUGCAACGGAUUAUAUAACAAGAGAUGAAAAUGGAAAGACCUGGUGUAUCCUAUGUAAUUGGGUAAUGGACCCUUUUGCUAUAAAGAAUCACAUAAAUGAUCAACAUCAUCAAACAAUAUUGAAAUUGCAUAAAAAACGUCUUUCAACUCUCAAUUCUGAGAAGAAAUUAACUGGUAAUACACCAAUCAUAAAAAGUGAUAUUAACACUAUAAAAAAUACAGAAAACAUCGAAAAGGAAAGCAUUUUGAAUGCAGUUGAGAAAUUCCAAAAAAAUAACAUCAAUAUAAAUUUUGAAAUUGAAACUGCAGUGUGUAAGAAGUGUUCAAAGCAAUUAGAUUUUAAUUCACAAGCUAUUGAAAAUCAUAUUCAGGAACAUGCAAAAAUUAAAAACAAAAAGAAUGACCGAAAAGGAAUCCAGAUUACAUCAGGUUUGGAACUUACAAAGGAUAUGAAACCAUCUAAUAAAGAAACAUCUUUAUAUACAACACCUGUUAAAGUUACAAAGAAAGAAAAGCAGGAACAGAUAAAAGAUACAACAGAUGCAAAGAUAAAAAAAGAAUCAUCACCUUUGUUGGAUUAUAAUGAAUUGGAGAAGUACGCAGAACAAAAUCAUAUGACAUACAAAUUUGACAAACAUAAUGAAAACAAAGUUCAUUGCAACAAAUGUAAUAUUGACAUAACUCCAUCUAUGAAAUUAGUAAAGGAACAUGUUGAAGGAGUAGAUCAUAAAAAAAAGUUAAACGAAGAACCUUCACAAGUGAAUAUUACAUCAAAAGCAAAGCAAAUAGAUAAAGAAGUUAAUCUUCUUAAAAUUCCAACAAGUUCUUUCGUUGUGUCUGCAGUUACUGUUGAUUCAUUGCAGAAAGAAAUUAUCAUUAAUGAAAAAUUUUGUAUAAAUAUGCUUAGUUUUGUUUAUAUGACUAAGCAUAAAAAUGGACUAAGGUGUAUUGUGUGCGAUUGCAAUGUUUCUUUUCAGGAUUUCAAAGUACAUUUGGAAGUAGCUAAACAUGAAACUAUAGUGGAUAGAAGUUUGGUGGUAAUUGAGCUGGAAAAUGAAUUUAUAAGAGAGCACAAACCGGGUUGUUACCAUUGUGGUUACUGCAAUAUCCCAUGUCAGUCAUGGGCCGCUAUGGAGUCUCACUUGCAGACUAUUGACCACAAGAACUGUAGAAUUGCAGCUCAAUGGCGGCUGCAGCAAUUGUUACCAGAAAUCGCCAAACAACGCAAAGAAAAGGAAAUGCAAGAAAAGUUCAUGAUCCAUAUGAUGUUAGGCAGCCGUGGAUGGCAUGGUUAUAACAGUGAUAGUGAUUAAAUAAGAUCCCAUUUUCACUAAAGUCAAGUGGAAAAUGACAUUUAACACGAUAACUGCCACAUCAGGCACCAAUGCUUGACAGAUAUGGUAUCUGUUAGGGCCAUGUCAGUCACGAGUGCCUGACGCAAACGCAUGUAAUUCAAAAAUUCAAAUGAACCCAGGGAGCUGUCAAGCACCUUUCGGGGCUUUUUCUCUAUUGAAAUUGACUGACAAGGCCCCCAACGAACUAUAUUCAUCUUGGGCUAACAUUUUUACAUGUAGAACUGGUUUUUAUGUACAUAAACUUUUUAAGGAAAAUAAAUACAAAUAAUUGAUGUCAAUAUAACACCAAAAACAAAAAAAAAGAAAAUGCCAUCAUCAAAAUUAUGCUAUGGCAGUUAACGUGUUAACUUGUAGUACUUUGGGGGCGAUACUUUCCAAGUUUGAAUUUUUAGAUUUAAGGUAUUUUACCAAGCUUUAGAUGAUUACAGGACAAAAAAAAAUAUUUAUCUGCUUUGAAUACCAAUUGUGCUUUACACAGGAAAUGUUGUAACAUUUGAUAAAAUUGGAGUUAUCACAUUUCCCAUUUGCACCACAGCAAUUAAUUCUCAAUUUUGAGAAUCAAUUCAGUGAAUAUAGACAGUGUUAAAUUUAAACCUUUUA